GGCUGCCGGGAGAGAUGCUGGAAGAAACUUCUUAAAUGACCGCGUCCGGCUGGCUGUGGAGCGUUUCUGGGUUGGGGAGAGGAAAGGAAAGUGGAAAAAAACUGAGAACUUCCUGAUCUCUCUCGCUGUGAGACAUGUCUGAGACUCCUGCUCAGUGUAGCAUUAAGCAGGAGCGAAUUUCAUAUACACCUCCCGAGAGCCCCGUGCCGAGUUACGCCUCCUCGACUCCGCUUCAUGUUCCAGUGCCCCGAGCGCUCAGGAUGGAGGAAGAUUCGAUCCGCCUGCCGGCGCACCUGCGCUUGCAGCCAAUUUACUGGAGCAGGGAUGACGUAGCCCAGUGGCUCAAGUGGGCUGAAAAUGAGUUUUCUUUAAGGCCAAUUGACAGCAACACAUUUGAAAUGAAUGGCAAAGCUCUCCUGCUGCUGACCAAAGAGGACUUUCGCUAUCGAUCUCCUCAUUCAGGUGAUGUGCUCUAUGAACUCCUUCAGCAUAUUCUGAAGCAGAGGAAACCUCGGAUUCUCUUUUCACCAUUCUUCCACCCCGGGAACUCGAUCCACACCCAGCCGGAGGUCAUACUGCAUCACAACCACGACGAAGAUAACUGUGUCCAGAGGACCCCGAGGCCAUCCGUGGAGAAUGUGCACCACAACCCUCCCACCAUUGAACUGUUGCACCGCUCUAGGUCACCCAUCACGACCAACCACCGGCCGUCUCCUGACCCAGAGCCUCGGCCCCUCCGGUCCCCCCUGGACAACAUGAUCCGCCGCCUCUCCCCAGCCGAGAGGGCCCAGGGACCAAGGCUCCACCAGGAAAACAACCACCAGGAGUCCUACCCCCUGUCAGUGUCUCCCAUAGAGAAUAAUCACUGCCCACCAUCCUCCGAGCCCCACCAGAAGCCAUCCAGCCCCCGGCAGGAGAGCACACGCGUGAUCCAGCUGAUGCCCAGCCCCAUCAUGCACCCUCUGAUCUUGAACCCCCGGCACUCCGUGGAUUUCAAACAGUCCAGGCUCUCCGAGGACGGGCUGCACAGGGAAGGGAAACCCAUCAACCUCUCGCAUCGGGAAGACCUGUACAUGAACCACAUCAUGGUCUCCGUCUCCCCGCCCGAGGAGCACGCCAUGCCCAUUGGGAGGAUAGCAGACUGUAGACUGCUUUGGGAUUACGUCUAUCAGUUGCUUUCUGACAGCCGGUACGAAAACUUCAUCCGAUGGGAAGACAAAGAAUCCAAAAUAUUCCGGAUAGUGGAUCCCAAUGGACUGGCUCGCCUGUGGGGAAACCAUAAGAACAGAACAAACAUGACCUAUGAGAAAAUGUCCAGAGCCCUGCGCCACUACUACAAACUAAACAUUAUCAGGAAGGAGCCAGGACAAAGGCUUUUGUUCAGGUUUAUGAAGACCCCAGAUGAAAUCAUGAGUGGCCGAACAGACCGUCUGGAGCACCUUGAGUCCCAGGAGCUGGAUGAACAAAUAUACCAAGAAGAUGAAUGCUGAAGGCACCGACCCCCAUCUCAGUGGCCGCAGCUGAGGGCACUGCUGCCCAUGAGGACUGCUGGAGGCGGGACAGAGCAGGCGGGCUGAGGAGAGGAGGAAAGGAAGGGGCCCAGGCAUGGGGGUGACGCUCCUCUUGCAUACCAGGAGGGACCUCAGAGCACCUUAGACAAACCACCCAGCAAAGGCGGGGCUGGAAUUCUGGCCGACGGCACGAGCCUGGGUCUCGCAUUUCAUGCUCCCUGCUCACCCACAAUCUGUCCAUCUGUAACUCCUCACCCUCACCCUCCCACCUGUUGUUAGUUUCAUGGUGUUUUCGUUUUUGUUUUUUUAAGACCAUGCAGUUUGACUUUUCAUCAUUCAUCUAGGGGAAGACAUCCAAGGUUGUUUUCCUAUGGAAAUGUAUAUCUAUUAUAUAUAUAUAUCGCAAAUCUCACAAAGUGCGGCAAACCCAGCUGGUCAGGAAAGAGAGUACUUGCAAAAGGGUUCAGGCUCCUCUUUCUCCUGCCACAUGGAUCAGGUCUGUUCCUGUUGCUGUUGGAUGUUGGCUGGGGGGGAAAAAAAUGCUUUUGAAAAAGAUAAAGUGAAAAGGAGAGAGCUCUCAUUUUCUCUCUCCUGCCCUCUCUCCUUCCUUGUCCCCCCAACCCCUGAGUUCAGCCUCUUGGAGAGUCUGGGGAGCGAUGGGCAUCUAAACAGAAUUGGUGGUCUGGCUGCUUUGGGGCCGGCACCGUUAAACCCACAUCCCUGUAUUUGGCCACCUGUCCGAGGGAGUCCCAAACAUCCGAGCUGCUGCUGUCCUCCCGGGACAUAGAUGAGCGUUAGUCCCGCAGACACGGCUCUGAGGGCCACGCAGCACCAUAGUCCACAGAGCCUCAGACUAGGAUGGAAGCCCCAGCGCCUUGGGGUCAGCUUGCAAGGGCUACAAAGUGGAAAAUCCGAAAAGCCCACACAGGCCUGAUGGUCCAGAAACAGUGAAAACUCUGCAGUGGGACUCUUAUCCCAAAGCAGGUUACAGAGGCCAGUGAGGCAGGAAGGGUCGUGCUCCAGCCCAAAGGCCAUCUUGUGGUCAGUUCCAUGUCCUCACCUAACGUCUCUUCGCCGCCCCCCCCCAUUCCUAGGCUUUUGAAAAGUUUCCCGGUCCCCAUAGGACAGGGCAUUGGAGAGGGGAGGACUGGAGUGUGUAGUCUCCGUCGCUACCAGUGCUUGCCCAGCCUGGGCAGGCAGGAAAUCCUGCAGAUACAUUACCGUUUCCUCUGUCCUUCCAUAGCUGUGUUUCAGAAUGGACCCACUCGUGGCUCUUUCUCACCUCAGAAUAGGGUCGAUAGUGUCUUGGAAAGUGAGGGAAGUGCCACCCCUAGUGCUUUUGAUGAUAACAUUUUUAGAGAGCUGUUGAGAUUUGCUUUCCUUUCCUAGCCAUCUAAAUGAACUCUUCCAGUCAGGCUCAGAAUCCAGUAUUAGGAGCACUGUGUGUUUUUAAUUCAAAAGAUUAGACCUGCCUUACAUAGCACCCCUCCCCCGUUUCCCUCUGUUUCCUGGGCUCGGUUGAGUGAGCAUCUCCCAGCUCCCCAGGGCACAUGAGUGACUGUCAGCAGCGGGUCCCAGGUGACGCUGCGAGAUCCCUGGCCUCUCCUGCAGCCACUUCUGAGCUGAAUCAGGCACACAGCUUUCUCCCCCAGCCCACUGACAGGUAUGCCAGUCUGGGGUGGGAGGGCCCAAUAGAUUGACUAUGGUUUAAGGACACUGGAAUUGAGGAGCUAAUCGGGCUCUUCAGUCUUGCUCUGUUCCCGCCUCUUACCGGACCACAUGUAGACACAUGGAGGUGGCCAGCCGCUCCCACCGUCACACGCUCCACCCAUGCUGACGUCCAGAAUAUCAGGCUCGCAGUGAGGCCAGGGCCGUCCUUGAGAGGCUAGAGGCUCCCUUUGUGAGGGCUCAGUCUGCGUUGGCUUGGAUGGUGAGGUGCGGCCUGCUCCCAGCAUGGCCCGGAUGUCUCAGCAGCGUUCAGCCCCACACCGUGAUACGCUCUCUGACCUCAGAGGGGACUAAAGUUCUCUCUCGAAGGGGGAGAUGGAGCAAAUACCUGGCAAGCUGUGAAAGCCACUGAGUUUAAGGACUGGAGAGAAAGCUGUGUUUUUACUGGGGCCCUUUGUGUGAUGAUGAAAUCAGAUACCAGGGCAUGCUGCUCUUCCCUGAGGUGAGGACAUGUCAUUCUGCCCACUUCCCCCAGGCAUGAGGACUCAGGCUACUUUCUAUUCCAAGAAUCUUACAGUUGAAUUAUGGAGGAAAAUGCCCUUUUGCCCCAGGGAUUUUUGUAUUUAAAGCAAUAUCCUAUGAGAAUAUGUAAGACUUAGGAUGACACCUUCUGCCACUUAAGGAAGAAGUGGAAGGUGCUAAUUCCAGUAUAGUCUUGAUUUCCCAUCCAGGUAUUACCAGUAAUGACCUUCUACUGAUUCCCUUAACCACAAAAGACCUUCCCAUUCAUUUUUUGAGAGAAUACCUGGGCCGUGCUGACACCGGGGUACAGUGCUCACACACUGCAGACCCCAGAGAUUCCAGGCUGAAACUAGCAAACCUUGACGAAGCACCUGUUAGGCCCUGUCAGGGAUUCGGAAAUGACCUGGGCACAGUCCUGCCCUCCGAGGGCUCGCAUUCCCCCUGCAGAAUCCAUCCGGCAUGUCAUUUCUCACUUCAACACUACGUACGAGGGGUGAUGAAAGUUCCACCUGGGACCAAGUUAAGAGCACGUCUGUGACCUAAAUAGUUGGUCUUUCCCUGCAGCCAUGAUGGGGAUUCUUGGCCUGCAAGAUCAGAAAUUGGGAAAGGAAAAUGUAGAAGAAAAGCCCCUAGGGAGAGGAGAGCUUUUUCCAGCUGUAUCUGGAAUGGACACGGUCACUUGUGUCUUGAAAUUUUCUCGCAUCUUCUCCCUGCACCUUGAGUUAGCCAGGUUGCCUCCUCUCCAUCGGAAGAUAGCAGUGGCAGUUGGCUGGACUGGCUAUGUGGAAGCACCAUGACUUCUAAGAUCUUUUUGUCCCAAGGCAACUCGGUCUGGCGUAAGGCAGCAUCUCCAUUGUUCCAGGUCUUGGGUGGGGGCGUCCCUCGCAGGAAAAGAGGAAUAACAGAGUGAUGGGUUUGCUCCUUUCAACAGUAUCUUUGGAGCCCUCUAAACCCAUUGUCUUUUUACACUGAGAAUAUAGGUUUAGCUGAGACUUAAAGGCUGUGGCAGGAUUUACCUAAAUGACUAAGUCACCACCAUUUCCACCUUUCCCUGCCUGGGCUCCAACACUGAAUACAUUUCUGAAAUACUAACUCCCUUGUGCAGAAGGGAAACCUGAGUGUCAGAGAGGUACUAUGUAUGACUUGCCCUAGGAGCAGACAGCGUGCCAGGGACAGAGUCAGGUGUGGGAUCUAGCCCUAUCGUACCCCGUUUGACCCAUUCCACCCAGGAGGCUGGAGAUAAAAGGUCUGGGAAAAUACACAAAAAACAAAGGGCAGUUUUCUUUGCCCAGGCAUUCGGUGCUAGUUAGUUUUCACCCACUCAGCCUGCUCCUCUUCUGGGCAGAAACCUGGAAUGCACGGAGUGACACAAGGAAGCCAGGGCAGGGGAAGGAGGGGACACAAUAAAACCACCGAAGACUAACCCAGUGCUCUUGACUCCACGUGCAUCAACACUAAACAGCUGCAAACUCCCUGGAUCUUUCACACACGCCAAGUGAACAGUCUUGAAGACUCCUCUUUGUGACUGCAACCACCUGCAAACCAGAAUGAAUCUAGAAUUUCUCUUUCUUUUUUUUCCCUUUGGUUUAAUUUCUAAUCUCGUUGUUUAUGAGGUGUGGGGUUUAUAAGGGACUGAAUCAAAUGAAUGUAAUAAAAAGAAAAAAAUACAAAAAAAAAAAA